ACACAUGCCAUAAUAUAUAGAAAGGAGUACGUCUAUACCCUAUAUUUAUAUAAACCCUUGAAAUAAGACUGGUAAAACCAAACCAAAGAACAAGUGAUCUAUCUAUAUAUGCAUGGCUUCCGCAACAGCUACAGCUCAUCCCGCGGCGCCGGCGCCGGCGACAACUCUGACGGCCCUAGCAGGGGAGAAAACUCUCCGAUCCAAGUUCGUACGGGACGAAGACGAGCGUCCGAAGGUGGCCUACAACCAAUUCAGCAAUGAGAUUCCGGUCAUUUCCCUGGCUGGGAUCGAUGACGAGGGCGGCAAGCGAACCGAGAUUCGGAAGAAAAUCGUGGAUGCCUGCGAAGAUUGGGGACUGUUUCAGGUGGUGGAUCACGGCGUCGAUGCUGCACUCAUCGCCGAGAUGACUCGGCUCGCUCACGAAUUCUUCGCUCUGCCUCCUCAGGAUAAGCUCCGUUUCGACAUGUCCGGCGGCAAGAAAGGCGGUUUCAUCGUCUCUAGCCAUUUACAAGGAGAGGCAGUACAAGACUGGCGUGAGAUUGUGACCUACUUCUCGCAGCCACGGCGGCUGAGGGACUAUACACGGUGGCCGGACAAGCCUGAGGGGUGGAUUGCUGCGACGGAGAAAUACAGUGACUCGUUGAUGGAGCUGGCUUGCAAGCUCUUGGAGCUGUUGUCGGAAGCCAUGGGGUUAGAAAAGGAGGCUUUGACCAAGGCUUGUGUGGAGAUGGACCAGAAAGUGGUGGUCAAUUACUACCCCAAAUGUCCUCAGCCGGACCUCACCCUCGGCCUUAAGCGCCACACCGACCCCGGCACCAUCACCCUUCUUCUCCAGGACCAGGUCGGUGGCCUCCAGGCCACCCGCGACGGCGGCAACACCUGGAUCACCGUUCAACCUGUGGAAGGAGCUUUCGUUGUCAACCUUGGUGAUCACGGCCAUUAUCUAAGCAAUGGAAGGUUCAAGAAUGCGGAUCAUCAGGCAGUUGUGAACUCGAACACGAGCAGACUGUCAAUAGCAACAUUCCAAAAUCCAGCACCGGAGGCAGUGGUGUAUCCAUUAAAGAUCAGAAAAGGAGAGGAGUCAGUGAUGGAAGAGCCCAUCACCUUCAUGGAGAUGUACAGGAGAAAGAUGAGCAAGGACAUUGAGCUUGCUAACCUCAAAAAGUUGGCUAAGGAAGAUGAGAAGAAGAAGCAACAAUCAUUGUCGGAGAAUAAUAAGAAACUACUUGAAUCCAAGCCCAUCGAGAAGAUUUUUGCUUAAAUAAUAAUAAUAACAUCUUCAUCAUCAUCAUCAUCAUCAUCAUCCUUUUAUGUAUUAUUAUUUCAAUAAUCAUCACAGCCUCAGACCUUAAUAUGUAUUUUUCAUCACCAUCAUCUUCUAAGCUGUGAUAUGAUCAAUUUGGGACCAAUGUAUUUUUGAUCAAUGGGUCAUGCAUGUGUGUUCUAAUUAUUAUAAUUUUCAUGUGUUCUUGAUCUACAUUUACUUUGAUGUACUGUUUGAGAUAAUUAAGUGGUUGGGAUGCUCACUUUUUAUUAUUAAUCGCUUAAUUUUGCAA